UGCUUAAGUAAACAAAGCAUUAGGCAGCUCCGCAGCUGGUGCAUGGGGACGGGGAGGACACACACCUGCUUCUAGUCAGGAUUUGACCCAAACUCAUGGUGGCAACCUACCCUGCGCUAGCUGUCAGUCCCGAGGGGCGGCUUCGCUCACUCCAUAGCUCAUUCUCAAGGGGAGAGAGAGGGGGGCGAAGCCGCGAAGGACCUAUGGAUCGGAAUCCGCCGGUGAGGAAGUCGCAGGCCUCCACGGCGGAUCUGCUCACUUGGUCGGAGGCGCCGCUUACGGCGACUGAACAGGCGACGCCGCCGUCCCGACGAACGCUCAAGCCCGUAGGCGGCAUUAGCCCGGUGAUGUUCGGAGCGCAGCUGUCGGCAGAAGAGGCGGAGAGCUUGAGCAAGAGAAAACCCUGUUCAAGUUCAAAACUGAGGGAGAUGACUGGAAGUGGUAUCUUUGUGGCAGAUGGUGGGAAUGAGAUGACAGAAUCUGGUAAUGCUGCUUCAAAUUCAAAUAAUAAGACAAGUAUAAGAAUUCAGCAAGUAGUUAGGGCAAUUAGCCAGAUCUCAUUUGGCGCUGAAGAAACAGUUUCUCCAAAGAAGCCAACCUCAAUUGCCGAGGUAGCAAAGCAACGAGAAUUAAGUGGGACAGCUGAAAGUGAAUUAGAUGCUCAAGUUAAAAAGCAGCUCUCUCAAGCCAAGUCCAAAGAGCUUAGUGGGCAUGACAUAUUUGGUCCUCCACCUGAGGUGCCAGUCAGGCCAUUAGCUGCGAGGAACUUGGAACUAAGGGGUACCUUGGAUUUUGUCUUGCCACAGCCUCAAAGCAUACAUUCAUCAGUAAAAGUAACUAAGCCACCUGGUGGCACCAGUGAUAUCACGCCAAAUGAGGAAACAUUCACCAAGACAACACCGAUGAUCCACACUCAGAAGUUUCAAGAACUGACAGGCAAUGACAUAUUCAAGGAAGAUGCGCCGCCAGGGUCAGCUGAGAAGCCACUGAGCAUAGCAAAGCUGAGGGAGAUGAGUGGCAAUGAUAUCUUCACCGAUGGGAAAGCUGUCUCGCGAGAUUACUUCGGCGGCGUCCGGAAACCCCCUGGUGGCGAGAGCAGCAUUGCUCUGGUCUAAACAAUCUAACCUAUGUACUAGCAGCAGUUUGGCUUUCUAAUUAAGUCCUGAAACAUGCCUCUUUGGGCUAAUUAAACACUCCAUGUGCUUGAUGAUGGCAAUAGUGUGUGGCUUCGACUUCUUACA